CAAUUCCCACCACUUACCCAACCACCCGGCUCUAUUUACCUGAAAUUCUUGCUUGCAUUGCUUUAUUAUAUUACAAACACCCCCAAAAACGUAAUCUUUUCUCACCAACUUUACUGAAGCUGGGCCAUCAGCCCCUCUUGAAUAGAGCACAUGGAAAUCGCUGUGGAAUCUGGUGUGAGACCCAUGGAGAUGGGUGUGGGGAUGGGAAAAAAUCAAACCUUGAUUUGUGCACCUAUAAUGGCUGACACGGUGGAUCAAAUGGUGGAGUUGAUGCACAAGGCUAAGUUUAAGGGAGCUGAUAUUGUGGAGGUUAGGCUGGAUCACUUGAAGAGCCUUGACCAUCGUCCCGAUAUCGAAGUGUUGAUCAGACAGUGCCCUCUGCCCACUCUCUUUACCUACAGACCUACAUGGGAGGGUGGAGAGUAUAACGGCGAUGAAGAAUCACGUUUUGAAGCACUUCAACUUGCUAUGGAGUUGGGAGCUGAUCACAUUGAUAUUGAGCUCAAGGCUGCACACGAGUUCAUGAAUUUCACGCGUGGGAAUAAACCUGAAAAGUGCAAAAUUAUAGUUUCCUCUCACAAUUAUGAGUACACUCCUUCAGUUGAGGAUCUGGGGAACCUCGUGGCCAGGAUACAAGCAGCUGGAGCAGACAUAGUUAAAUUUGCUACGACAGCACUAGAUAUCACUGAUGUAGCACGAGUGUUUCAAAUAACCGUUCAUUCUCAAUUUGUCGAUCGUCAGGUACCAAUUAUUGCUAUGGUUAUGGGAGAGAGAGGACUCAUGUCAAGGAUACUCUGUCCCAAAUUCGGUGGAUACCUUACAUUCGGCACUCUGGAAGAAGGGAAGGUGUCUGCCCCCGGACAACCAACGAUUGAUGAGUUGAUUAGCUUAUACAAUUUUAGGUCUAUCGACACAGACACUAAGGUGUUUGGGAUCAUUGGGAAACCUGUCAGCCAUAGCAAAUCACCCAAACUGUAUAAUAGAGCAUUCAAAGAAGAUGGGAUCAAUGGAGUUUUUGUGCAUUUGUUGGUGGACGAUGUUAAUAAGUUUUUUGAUACCUAUUCCUCUCCUGAUUUUUCUGGUUUUAGCUGUACCAUUCCUCAUAAAGAAGCAGCACUUGCCCGUUGUGAUGAAGUCGAUCCCGUUGCAAAGUCUAUAGGAGCGGUCAAUUGCCUCAUCAGAAGACUGGAUGGGAAGCUAUUUGGAUGUAACACAGACUACGUUGGUGCAAUAUCUUCUAUUGAGAUCGGCCUACAAGGAUCUCAAAAUGGUGCCACUCAUACCGGGUCACCCCUGGCUGGUAAACUGUUUGUGGUUAUUGGUGCUGGAGGAGCAGGAAAGGCGCUCGCCUAUGGAGCCAAAGAAAAGGGGGCGAGGGUGGUGAUUGCUAAUCGGAGCUAUGAUCGAGCUAGAGAUCUUGCUGAGCUUGUUGGAGGGAAGGCUUUGACUCUAGCCGAGCUAAGCAACUUCCAACCAGAAACCGGGAUGAUACUUGCAAACACAACUUCAAUUGGGAUGCAACCAAACAUCGAAGAGACUCCCAUCUCCAAGGAAGCUUUGAGAAACUAUGAGCUUGUAUUUGACGCUAUCUACACUCCCAAAAUCACGCGACUCUUGCGUGAAGCUCAGGAAGCGGGCUCCAAGAUUGUGACGGGAGUCGAGAUGUUCAUCGGGCAGGCCUACGAGCAAUAUGAGAGGUUCACAGGACUCCCAGCUCCGAAGCAACUGUUUAGAGAUAUCAUGGCAGACUACUGAUGGACGCGCUCUCCUUCGCCUCCAACCUGCCCGUUUCAUCGACAGUCUUGUCUUCAUCCUCCUCAUUCUUGUGGCAAUGACAUAAAAAACUAUUCUUGUAUCGAUGUUUUAACCUACAAGAGAUGGAAUUUGUCGAUUUGAUCGUAGGCUUAUGUUGUUGAAACUCAGAAUUUUGUAAUAAGAGGGCCUAGUCAUUGUAGUAAUAAUUCUUCCUCUGCUGCUGUAAUAUGAUACCAGAAAAUUGUACCAUAAUGGAUGAUUUAUUUCAUGAAAAUUGUUAAAUUUGUGGUUUUCUUA